AUGGAGCAGUCGUAUCAGCAGUCCCAGGCCGCCCUGACGGGCUUCCUCGAUUCAAUGCAGCAGGACUCGGGCGUGUCCGCCUACUCUCUCUUCGGUCCUACACAGUAUCCCGAAAGCGUGGCGUUUUGGCAUGAUCCCUCCGUCGCGCCGGCCAUCCCCAUACCCGCUCCGCCCUACCCGCCCAAGCAGCCGACUCUCCUCCAACCCAUCCCGGAUCAGAAGAAACACAAGCGCACCCGCAGCGGUUGCUUCACCUGUCGCUCUCGCCGCAUCAAAUGCGAUGAAUCCCGCCCCGUCUGCGAGCGCUGCCGGAAAGGUGGCCGCGAUUGCGUCUAUCCGCCCCCCAAUGCGACCUCAUCCAAGGCGGGCGCCCGGGCCUCGGUCAAAUCGCGUGGUGCGUAUCCGCCGUCGCAAGGGAGUGACUCCUCCGGCAAGGUCGAGACCGGAGACCGCAGCCCGCUUGAGCCGAUCAUCGAUGAGGAAGAGUUCGACAGCGCCAGCGGGCUGGGAUCGCGACCAUCGCCCACGAGUGGCACGGGUAGCUCCCGCCCCGACCUGUACAGGACGCAGAGCGGGCAGUCGCUGCAGAAACGCAGCUUGAAGUCCGUCUCGGAGUCCGGCUCUUUCAACCUGGAGCCAAGCAGCUCACCCUCGACCGAGUCGUCGCGCUUCGAGUCAGUGAGUGUGCGGUCGGCCAGUAUCGGGCAUUCGACCGUAGAAUUGCUCAACUCGGCUCGCCUGCCAGAGGAUGUACGCUUUUACCUCAAUUUUCAUCAGGAAUUCAUUUCUCAUGAGCAUUUCUUCUUGAGGCGUAACAGCGCUCGCUUCAUCCAACACAGCAUCAUUGAACUUGCCUUGCAGUAUGAGCCAUUACUCUACGCGCUCGUGGGCUUUGCGGCGUAUCUUCACACCUUGCAGACCCCUGGUGGGAAGCUGUAUACUUUCCUCAAAUACUAUAAUAAAGCGUUGACUCUUUUACGGAAAUCCCUCGGUUCGGGAGAAGAGCAUAGCGAGGCAACGUUAUGCACAGUCCUCGUUCUGACCACCUUCGAGGAAUACAUCGGAGAUUGGGUCAACCUGAUCGACCACCAUCAAGCAGCACACGCGUUGAUGCGGGAAUUGCUUACCCCUGAAUCAUCCAACCUAGUCGAUUUACAUACCCACAUUUUCCUCUGGUACGCACGAUUUGACGUGGUGGCCGGCAUUUUGGCAGGUACCGAGGCGGUCCUCAGCCGAGACUGGUACAUGGUCAAGGAACAAUACGACUUGGAGCAGGCAGCCCUUUACCCGGAUGACGCGUGCAAGCAAUUUUCAUUGGUAGCAUCCAUCAAUCGUCGCUUUGGUCUGGAUAUGGCCUCACUCUACGCAAAAUUAUCGCAGGGCUUGAUCCCACUUGAUGAGUUUGUCACCCGAAAUGAGCAGCUAGGCCAGACGCUCGAGCGCGCAAAGGACAUCAUGCGCACCUUCGAUGACUCUGAAUACAUCGUGCGCUCUUAUCCGAACAAGCAACCCUUGACAGAAGACGACGUCGUGGACCCUUACGUACCUGGCCGGAUACACCAGGGUGAAAUGUGGGAUGCUAAUUUCAUCUGGAUCGAUCUUCUAUCCACCGAGACCAUGCACAAGUAUCAAACGAUGCUCGUGUUGAAGCAACCGAUGCUGGAAGACCUGGGCAAGCUCGCCUACCAACAGUGUCAGCUUGUCGAAACCAUUGAACGCUGGCCGGACAGGGGAACUGGGUUUUAUGUUGGGUUCAAAAAUUGCAUUGGUAUCACCAGCAUGUUCUUGCCCAAGAAUGACAAAUACUGCAUGUGGUCGAGGCGCAAGAUUGCCAUGAUGGAACAGAAUGGAUAUAUCAUCAAUCCCCGAUUCCGCACCGCUCUCGCCGCCAUCUGGAAAAUCCCCGAAGUCGUGCAUUGGUGGCUUCCGAACGAUGAAGGCUACUCAGAUCUCCUCCGCGAGAUUCGCGCGAUGACCGAAGAACGCACGAACCAGCCCCGCGACGAUUUCCGUGAGAAUGUGCGCGACAUGAAAGGGAUGUUCUGGAAACUGAACCUCGACGACCCCGAAGACGAGCAAAGCCCUUCAAGCAGCCACAACAGUUUCCAGUGA